CAUCAUCCUCGGGAAAUCCCAUCUCGCGAGAAUAUGGGCUCCCCAGUAGAGAGUCUUUUUCGUUAGUCUUGUUGUUUUUGUUUAUAUUUCGUUCACCGAGAAAAACGUCGUUUAUUUGUCGUCUGCGUAUGGGUUCAGAGUUCUUCUUGACGCCAGAGAUGGAAAUGUGUCCGUAGUAGCGGAGAAACAAACGGCAUCCAGCUAACUGUCCAAAACAAACCUGCGUUUACCCACAUAUAUCGUUCUCCAGUAACUCUUUACGUCUAAACAUGGGUUCAAUACUGAGCAGGAGGAUUGCUGGAGUUGAAGACAUCGAUAUUCAGGCCAAUUCUGCGUACAGAUAUCCUCCAAAAUCAGGAAAUUAUUUCACUAGCCAUUUCUUCAUGGGAGGAGAAAAGUUUGACACACCCCAUCCAGAGGGAUAUCUUUUUGGAGAAAACAUGGACUUGAAUUUCCUAGGAAACAGGCCUGUGCAGUUUCCCUAUGUAACUCCAGCAGCACAUGAGCCUGUGAAGACCCUGAGGAGUUUGGUGAAUAUCAGGAAGGAUUCCUUACGGCUUGUCAGAUAUAAGGAUGAUUCUGACAGCACACCAGAAGACACAGGAGAUCCCAGGGUGCUUUAUAGUGUUGAAUUCUGCUUUGAUACUGAUGCCAGAGUGGCAAUUACAUUAUACUGUCAAGCCUUUGAGGAGUUUGCCAACGGAAUGGCAAUAUACAGUGCCAAGAGCCCUUCAAUGGUGUCAGAGACGGUCCAUUAUAAGAGGGGGAUAAAUCAGCAAUUUUCUCUGCCAUCCUUCAAAAUUGAUUUCACCAAAUGGAAGCCUGAAGAGCUGAACUUCGAUCUGGACAAAGGAGUUUUUCCUUUGGUGGUCCAAGCAAUAGUGGAUGAUGGAGAUGAUGUCACUGGGCAUGCACACGUUCUCUUGGCAGCAUUUGAAAGGCAUGUUGAUGGCAGUUUCUCAGUGAAGCCUUUGAAACAGAAGCAAAUUGUGGACCGUGUGAGUUAUCUGCUGCAGGAGAUUUACGGCAUUGAAAACCGGAACAACCAGGAGACAAAGUCCACAGAGGAUGAGAACAGUGACAACAGCAGCGAGUGUGUGGUUUGUUUAUCAGACCUGCGUGACACACUCAUUCUUCCCUGCAGGCACCUGUGUCUGUGCAAUGCCUGCGCCGACACACUGCGUUACCAGGCCAACAACUGCCCGAUCUGUCGACUCCCAUUCAGAGCCCUGCUCCAGAUCCGAGCAGUGAGGAAGAAAACAGCCGCCACUCUCUCCCCGGUGUCCUUCAGUCCAGUGCUGUCCCAGAGCUCUGACCAUACUGAGCAUUCGAAUGCAGACAACAUUCCUCCUGGCUAUGAGCCCAUCUCCCUGCUGGAGGCCCUCAACGGUGUGCAACCCGUGUCUCCUUCAAUCCCAUCAGCCCCUCUAUAUGAGGAGAUCCAGUUUUCGGGAGAGAUGGGAGAUCCUCUCAACCUGACCGGCCGGCAACAGAAUGGAGAUCCUGGAGCUCUGAAGGGCAAAGGUAGCAAGUCACCUGAUGGGUCUGUACGUUCUCCCUCGUCCCCCAUUCAGGAGGAGGAAGACGAGGAGAGGAUGUCGGAGCUCUCUGAUGCACAGCCGCAAUCUGUUUUGCCCUGUAGUCUCAGUCCCUCUGAGGACACAGUAGAGGGUGUGACUGCCAAACCUGGCUUACCAAAUUCAGGUUCCGAGAGCCGAUCGCUGGGUGUGUCUGUGAGUGAAAUCCUCCAGGACUGUCACAGUGAGCGCAGCAGCCUGAGCCAGUCAGAAAGUGACCCCUCUGCAGAUCUGGCCCUGCCUGCGUCUGAGUCGUGGUCAACUGCUGUAGAGGAGUGUUGACUCGGGGUCAUCAGAGUCCAUAGAGAGCCUGAAGAGUCAGAGCACCAACAGCUCCAGUCAGCCUCUGCUCUGCCUCCCCAGCAGCCUGCGCAUGGAGGAUGAACACCUCACAUCAUAAACACUCAAAUCACUCUACUCCCAAUCCUGGACACUAUUGUUCAAUCAAGACAUUUUGAGUACCACAAUCAAAGUCUUACGUUGAAAAGUUCAAGACAUUUCACUGUUACAGGAAGUCUACAUGCUAGCUUAAAGAAACACUUAAAAAAUAGGUUUACUUUACAAGUCUCUACAGUUAAGCAUUUGAGUUUUACUAUUUUGAAAUGGUCUGGGUCUAGCUGGAGAACGUUUAGUUUAGCAUAAAUCUUUGAUUCAGAUUAGACCAUUAACAUCUCACAAAUUUUUUUUUGCUGAAUUCUUUCAAAAAUGAUGAAACUCAGCUGUUUAACUGGGGAGGUGAAAAUGGGUGUAUUCCCACAAAGAUCUGCAGUGUUCCUUAAAAAAAAUCAAGUGUAAAAACCGUCAAACCUGGGCUUUUAGAGUCAAAAACAUUUCAGUGGUUCAAAAUAUUUUCAUAGGUGCCCAGUCUUUUUGAUGUAUGCAGCAUAAUGGUGAUUUUAAGACUGUGUACUUGAUUUAUUCUUAUUGUUUUUUUUGUUUUUUUUUAAAUCAGCAAGUGAACACUAAGUGCAUCAGAUUGCAGUCUAGUACAGACACAUAGUAUAAUCAUUUAUCCAGUUGAAGUAAUUCUCUAUGUCUGUAUCUUCUAUAUUUGUUUUGUGCCUUACAUUACUGUGUGGCUGUCCCUUUGUCCACCCUUCAAACCAUGCAAUGUGGGAAGCUGUAGCACUUCUUGAAGCUUUAAUGAGUAGUUUAUAGAGGGAUCUGCCAUCAUUUACAAACAUAUCUGAUGCUUUUAGUGAAUUCUCUGCUGCUUAUCUAUGUGAUGCACCUUUAAAAGUUAUGUAUAUUUGUAUGUAGUCAAAUCGUUUUAUCAUAAAGUGUUGUACACUAA